UCAAAUGGAACAAUAUUUUAAAUUUUAGACGAUAGUUAGUGUGACAUGAAGUAUCAUUUCACUUUAAGGAUCGAUUCAAACAUUUUUUUAAUUCUGGAAGGACUGUGUUGAACAACCAGCAAGGAUACCCCGGAAGUAAAUAAAUGCUAGACUGGCGUGUGUUCCUUGUUAUGGUUUGCUACGCCCCAGAUUUCUCCUUUUAACUCUCAUUAACACUAUGAACCACUGUACAAGAAAUGUAUUUACUGGUGACUGGAAUUUACUCCUCCGGUCUAUCCAAAAAACACAGACAAAGUGCCACCAGUGUCCGGGAACGGCACUUAUUAGUCUUAGCCGGGGUCAGACCACUGCCACAAAGCAAGCUCCAGAUCCUGGAAAACGAGAGAAACUUCCACUUCGAGCCAUUGACUUGGCUCGAAAGUUCCGGCAGGAGAAGUCCAAUACCAGGGCAGCGGAGCCCCCUCUCUCCGCCUAUCAGAAGAGGGUGAUGGACUUAAAACGGUUCAGUCUGCAGCUUCAAAAUGUUCAUCCCAACGUGCUGGCUAAGCACCUGAGCAGAAGCGUGCUGUACCAGGAUCAGCAAGUGGUCGUCAUCAACAAGCCCUAUGGUGUUCCUCUCAGAGAUUCCUCUGGGGAGACAUCCGUCUCCUCUGUGCUUCCUGUCCUCUCCAAAAUGAUGGACGGUAUGAAGAUCAAGUCAGACUCUCAGCUGUUUCCCUGUCUUGGCCUGGAGAAGGAAAUGACAGGCGCUCUCCUGCUGGCAAGGAGCGAAGAAGUGGUGGAGCACGUGCGGGAACUCAACAGAAGUAAUCAAGUGGAGAGAAAGUACUGGCUGGUCACAGUGGGUGUACCUGUGCCAUCUGAAGGCAUGAUUGACAUUCCCAUCAUAGAGAGAGAAGUCACCGGUUCUCAGCCUCACUACAAGAUGGCUUUAAGCCCCGUUUACAGAAUGAAUGACACAGGAGGUGGACUAACUAAAGUUCGAGCCAAUCGCCAAUCCCUUCCUGCCGUCACGAAGUACAAAGUCCUGGACAGUAAUGGUGGAUGUAGCCUUGUGGAACUGGAGCCUCUUACCGGAGUAAAGCACCAGUUGAGGGUUCAUAUGGCAUUUGCAUUGGCAUGCCUCAUUUUGGGCGACCACAAAUAUUCACACUGGAGCAAACUGGCACCACAGAAAUUACCGGAGCGCAUGCUGGGCAAGCUCGGUCUCGAACAGAGCAAGAUCCGACAUCUUCCACUUCACCUGCACGCUCGUCAGCUGACACUGCCCAGGAUCGGUCUUGGGAACAUCAGCGUGCAAUGCCCGAUGCCAAAGUUCUUUACGCAAACACUCAGUCGACUAAAUUUAACUUUUCCAAAGGAAAAAGAUGACUAACAACUACCUUGUGGCUUUGAGUGUUUCCAUUAAAUUGGAUAUACUGUCCAGUAGAUUUCAGAUUUAAUAAAUGUAUCUGUGGUUGGUUUUA